AUGAGGAUCGGAGUGCUCUCCAAGCAAGCCAAUGGAACACCAAGGCCGGUCCAUCAGGCCGCCACAUCCACCAGUCCCAGACACAACCUGAAGUUUGCCAGUCAAACUAUAUCGACCUCUGCAUUCGAAAACACCUUCCAGCAACGUGCCUAG